UCCCCUCCUCCCCUCCCCAGUCUCCAUUUGACCCUUCCCUAAUGCUCCUAAUUGCGCUACUGUACUUGGUUUAUUUUGCUUUAUUAUUAUCAUUUUUUUUUAUUUUCGAUUAAUUAUUUUUUUUCCCUCUCCCUCUGCCUCUCCCCUCUGGCUUGUCCAUGACCCUUCCUCUCUCGUUCGCGUUCUUUCGAUCUUCCUCUCUCUCCCCAGCUAUAUUUUUCACAACUUCCUCGCCCCUCGCUUCGUUUCCUCUUCUUUCCCUCUUCCCCGACCCAACCCGUCGGAACCUCUUGGAAAUUCCCUUGAGCUUGCCCUUGCCCGGUUGACUGAACUUUUCCGUUUAGCCCUUCGAUCGACCGACCCGACACUCCGGCUUAGGUUCCUUCCCUCCCCCAAGCCUGAGUCUUCCCCAUUCCCCCCGUCAGCCGAACUCCACCGCGUCACGGGGUUCCAAAGUACAACUCUAUCCUCCGUGAAUCUUCUUUCUCGCUGGCUUGGGUAUUCAAUUUACGGUGAGUGGAUCUACAUUUAUUAUCGUCAUCAUUAUUAGGAUCAAAAGUCGUUCCAAGUGUUCCCACUCCGUCGUUCCCCACUCCGUUACCAUACCAUACCUGGAUACCGGGUACCAAUACGAGACGUACUCCAUACCGGACCAUACAUACCCAGCCAUCCUGGACUGUACCUCCCGUACCUCCUCGUACCUCGAACGGAGUCCAUUUCCCUUUACCCCCCUCCUUCCCUGCCCAACGACUCCUCCAAAACUGCCCGCUGCGAUCUAUCUGAUACCCUUCCUUGCCGUUUUCCUACUUCCCAACUCCUCUCUUCCGUUCCCACUUCUUUGACUGCCUGGUUCUUUGCUUGAUCUCGACUCCAUCCGGGCUUGCUCUAGUUGCUCCACUCAGCUUGAAAGAAAACCUGCGAGCUUACCAACGUCCAAUUUUGCGACGCCGCACACCCACUCGGCUUGAAUUCGCCGAGCUUCGCUACCUACGGCCCUUCAUUAUAACCGUUACUGCCUGCACCGCGCGACGUUACACGCGGCCUUUUUGCAUUCCUUUCUCCAGAUCUUCCCCAGCGCGCGCCGAAACGUCAUCGAGGAAGCUCCCUCGGUCCCGUUGCUUCCUUUCCAUCCGACGCGCAACCCUUCUCUUCUUUCUCUCCCAUUCUUUUUCCAGGUUGCGCCUCGCCAUGUUCCUCUAAGCAGCUCUUUCAGCAUUAAGCUAUAUUGCUUCUAUCCGAACUCCCUUGAUACUCUCCCACUCCCCCUCCUUGUGUACGCGGGUCUAGACUGCCUCCCAUGAACCGCGGACCUCCAGAGGGGCCUCAUGCGCCGCCCGCGCAUGCGGUCUAUGAGCAUGCCUGGGCUCGUCCGCCAUACCCACCCACCUUCGACGGCCACCCAGGCCAUCCCAGCCACGCGCCGGACCGACGGCCUUCGAGUACCCAGGCACCGAUGCCCGGCCACGGAUACCACCCCGUUCCUUUAAACCGAGAGCUCCCCCAGCUUCCACCGGACGGACCUUAUGGACGCCCUAACAGCUUACCGGGGCCCGCGCACCCUCCUUCACAUCCUCCUCCGCACCCGCAAGAUCCGACCCCUCCUCCUCCUCCUCCGCACGGGGGUUACCGACCUGCCAUGAAUGGCGCCCCGCACGAAUCAUCGCCGCAUUCUGCGCCUCCAGAGUAUCGCUCGCGCAUGAGCUUUCAGUCCGAGACCUCUGCGCCGGGCGAGGUGACCCCUACAUCUGGCCCACUGCCCCCUUCAUCGUAUAUGCCACCCGGACCGCCAAUACCCCCCGGCACGCCAGGCCCGUAUGAUCCGAGCUAUUACUCAAAUCCGGCCUAUGGAGCUCGCCAGCGAAAGGCGGCUCGUGCACAGCAAGCUUGCGAUCAAUGUCGAGCGAGAAAGGCAAAGUGCGAUGAGGGACGACCGGCGUGCAGUCAUUGCAAGGAGAACAACUUGAUGUGUGUUUACAAGGAGAUUCCGCCUCAUAAACAGGAGAAGAGUGUGCAGCUGGUCCUGGAUCGGCUUUUGGAAUUGGAGGAUAAAAUGAUGGAGAAAUUCGAGAUCACCAACAAGAUGUGGAAGACGGAGGAGACCUACAAAAAUCAGUUGUUGCAAACCCAGAUGCAUUCAGAACUGCGAUCGCAAACCCAGAUGCUCACAGACAUUUGGUCGGCAGUCGGGGGCAAUGACCCCUCACGAUUGACAUCUUCUCAACCCAUUGCAGCUCUCCCGAUCCCUCCCAUUCCCACCGUCCCCGUGGGUGGCCCACCGCCAGAAACGCUGAUGAAGGUAGAGCCUGCAUUGACCGAAGCACUCGAAGAACCGCACGCUUCGACCUCCUUUUAUUCACAGACCACUAUAGAUGCCGGUCCACAGCCGAUAUUGAAUCCAAGUUUUGAGGAUAGUGCUAAGAAUGACAAUGAAGGAGAGUUGUCGAUCCCCGUGGAGCAUACAACGGCAGCACACAAACUUCUCAUGUGGCCUUCCAUCAAGAGGUUACUCAACGCGGAAUAUGACGAGGAUUAUGUGAUGCGAUUGGAGGAGCAGCGGGGUCUGAUUAGUGUCUACGGCCAGGGUGAGAUCUCAUACACAGCCGACGACACGUUACUACCAACGCCACCCCUGCCGAGCGACGACGGUGGCUACAGCGAAAAGAAAUCAAACCCGGAUGGAACAUCGAAAAUUCUCAGUGCUACCUCAUCUAGAGAUGCCGACGCUGAAAUCGACCGAUUCGGACUGCUCAGGCUAGAUGGAAAGACGGCUCAUCGGUACUUCCAGAGCUACCUGAACCGCAUGCACAAACUGCACCCGUUCCUGUGGCAAGAGGAGCUGGAGAUGAAGGUCGAUGCAUUCAUUAGGUGCUAUUGUCCACGAAGUUCGUCCGACUCAUCGUCGGAGCCGAACUCUUUGUGUCGGGAUAAGAAGCGAAAACGUUCGCACGAGGACGAGGACCUUCCGGGGGUUCGAGGCACGUCUGCAGACCCCAGCUCGGCCUCAUCCCGGCCUCGCGUAGGUCGGAAUAUUGAUAACGCUAUUAUCCUUCUCGUCUUUGCCCUGGGUGCAAUUUGCGAGCACAAGUCACCCCUGCCAGGCCCGAUCAUGGACCAGAAGGUUGAGGACUACCGAGACCAAUACAUUCCUUCCCCUCUUGGACCCGUACCCCAUCGACCACCUCUCCAGCCUGUUAACGGUGCCGCCCAUGCCGCGAAUGGUGUUCUCUCGCCUCCCAACUCUGAAUCCAUCGUGCCUCACAAUUCUGACUAUGCGCCGCACUUCCAACAAAGUCAGACCUACAAUUCUGAACCAGACCCGAAGCAAAACCUUUCCCGGCGAAAUAUCUCCGCUACGUCUGAUGAAUACGGUCAUGUCAAAAAUUUGCAAGUCAUUCCUGGUCUUGCGCUAUAUGGCUAUGCCACGACAAUCCUCGGUCUGCUUCAAGGAGGUGUGGAACUGCAGCAUGUUCAGGCUGGUUUGCUUGCUGGUCUGUAUGCUGGUCAACUAGCACACCCUUUCCAAAGUCAUGGUUGGAUCUGCCAGGCAGCCCGCGCAUGCCAGGUCCUCGUCCGACAAAAACGGUAUGAGCGACUGCCCGAAGGCCGGACCCAGGACUUGUUCAACUUCGCCUACUGGACCUGUCUGCAGCUUGAGAGCGAUCUCCUCGCCGAGCUCGAUAUUCCUGCAAGUGGUAUCUCACGUUCCGAGGGUCGUAUCAACCUGCCCAAGGGCCGCUUUACUAUUGACAUCCCAGACGACCUUGAAGCGCGCAGCACACGUAUGAUGCUGUUCUAUUCGGCCCAGAUCCAUCUCCGCAAAGUACUCAACCGCGUUCAUACCGAUCUCUACAAAGUUGACAAGCAAGGUGAAACUGGUCGGUGGUCUUCUAGCGUGCAAGAGACUCUAAGUAUGAACUUGGAGCUUUGGCGUUCUAGCCUCCCCGAGACCAUGAACUGGAGAGAUGACGAUCCACCCGCUUCCGACAUCAACGCUGCUCGCAUGCGUGCCAAGUACUACGGUGCUCGUUAUAUUAUCCACCGACCCUUACUCUAUCAUGCCCUCCACUGCGGCCAAACUGGUGCCCGCAUUGGCGCCCUGCCCAAGUCCACCGCCGUGGAGUCGCCGACCGGAUCCGCCUCAAAUUCACAAUCCCAGCAUAUGUCACCUUCCAUGACACAUGCCUCUGGUCGUGCUAGUGGCGUACAUAUGCAGCGCAUGCUGAGCGAUGUAGGCUCGGCGCCUAGUGGUCUCUCUUACCCCAACAACUGGACCCCGCCGACCGUCAAUUUGCGUGACCUGCAAUCUAAGCUGCGCCGCGCAUGUAAGGUCUGCGUUGAGUCUGCCAUCUUAAGUACCGAAGCAUUCGAUGGUGUUGAGGACCGACUCAUUGUGACGAAUAUCUUCGGUACAGCCCAUGCUCAAUUCGGUAACAUGCUCGUCCUCUCUGCAACAUACAACUCCAGUCUCUCCGAGCUCGUUGAGCGCUCCACCCUGGAGCGCCUUCUUAAGCGCACCAUUCGCUUCCUCCUGCGUAGCCAGAACAUUUCGCCCACACUGCGUGCCGAUGCUCGCAUCCUCACUGAAAUUUAUACCAAGAUCUUCCAUCGUGCACCUGACCUUACUGAGCCUUCGAAGUAGCUGUCGCUACUGUCCUUCUUUUCUGCAUGACCCGCUCGCCGCUCCGGGUCGCCAGGAGUUGUUCAUGUUUUUUAUUUCUGUCUUCAUCAGACUUGGGUUGGGUUAAUUUUGAAUUCAUUCAGUAUCGGGGUCCGGGAAUAUUUGAAAUGCCCCCAUCCCCGAGGUGUUUAUGUGGUGUGGUCAGCCUCUUUAUCAUUGUUCAUUUUUUCUCUUUUGGAUAUGGCUCCAUUGUUGUUCUUUUUUUUUACACCAACUAGCAUGGCCUAUCUUGGACCUUGUCUUUCAAUUUUUCAUAUUGCUGCCCCUUUCUGUUCUGAGUGUGGCAUAUACGGUCUUCUUUUCUUUUGAUUUUUUUUUCUGCAUGGGUGGUUUUGACACGGCCUAUCAUAUAUCCCAUAUCUCUCUUAUUUCUACUAUACCUUGGUCAUAUCAUGAAUAUAUGUCAUCCUUUUCCCUUUUUUCACCGGGUUGUUUGGACGGCCCGGUGGGGAGGAGGUUCAUCCCGAGGUUUCAAUUGUUUUGGAUUUUGCCUUGUAUUAUGUGAGUAGUUGAGUACAUUGGAUUGAUGAUAUUUGCGUCGAGCUUCGUUCGGGCUGGGUGUAA